UACACCUGUUAGAUGAGUUAGAUGACUAUAAAAAGAAGGCUUGUGAGGUAAGAAUUCAACGAACAUUCACUCACAUUUCAAGACAGCAACAGAACUAUGAGUCGCUCCUCUGUUCUUUGUAUCCUGCUUGUUGUAGCAAGUCUGGAUGUAUCUGCUCAAAGAAAAGCAAAAAAGGUCCCUCAGACCCUUUCCAGGGGAUGGGGAGAUGACAUUACCUGGACCCAAACCUAUGAGGAAGCUUUAGCAAAAUCUAGAACAAGUCAGAAGCCCUUGAUGGUUAUCCACCACCUAGAAGACUGCCCGCACAGUCAAGCUCUUAAAAAGGUGUUUGCUGCUGACACUGAGCUGCAGAAAAUGGCCCAAGAAGACUUUGUAAUGCUUAAUCUGGUGCAUGAAACCAUAGACAAGAAUCUGGCGCCUGAUGGCCACUAUGCUCCCAGAAUUAUCUUUGUUGACCCAUCUCUGACUGUGAGAGCUGACAUAGCAGGGAAGUAUAGCAACAGACUCUACACUUAUGAGCCUGAUGAUAUUGAUAUCUUGAAAGAAAACAUGAAGAAAGCUAAGAAGCUUCUCCACACCGAGCUGUAGCCUCACACUUCAUUACUGUGGGCACAGUGAACACCAGCUGCAGCUGGCUCAUUGGCCUCUAGGACACGACAUGGCCUCAGUGUAGCAGAGCUGUGCAAGAGGAGAGGAUGUGCUGAAGAAACAAUAAGUGCCUCAAGCAUGACAAUGUCAUAUGUUUUUUUUUUAUUGAGUAAUAAACUACCUUUUACAGAUAAA